ACCGCAGCAGCGGCCGCGUGGUCAUGUGACGCUCGCAUUUCCGACACAACAAUACAACACACACUCGCCUGAAGCAAGCGCUCCUCUCGCUCUCUCCCCUCCCUCCCUCCCUCCCUCAUUGCCUGGCUCUCUCUCUUUUGCUCUCGGCAUGGCGGACGGCGAGAGGUCCCCGCUCCUGUCGGAUCUGGGCGACGGCGCUCUCGGCAGCGGCAACGGCGGCCUGUCGCCCGGCGCUGCGCCCUACGGUGUGGCCGGCAAGCCGCAGAGCUUCCCGCCCUUCCCCAGCCCCACGCAGCCGUCAGUGCUUCUUGGCGAGGACCCGCCUCCGUACUCGCCCCUCACCUCGCCCGAGAGCGGCAGCGCGCCCGUUAUCAGUUGCCGCGUGUGCCAGAGUCUCAUCUCAGUGGAAGGCAAAAUCCAUCAGCACGUGGUCAAGUGUGGCGUGUGCAACGAGGCCACACCCAUCAAGAACGCUCCGGCUGGAAAGAAGUAUGUACGCUGUCCCUGUAACUGUCUGCUCAUCUGCAAGGUCACCUCCCAGCGGAUCGCGUGUCCCAGGCCGUACUGUAAGCGGAUAAUCAACCUGGGUCCGGUUCAUCCCGGUCCGGCCAGUCCUGACCCCCAGCCCGCCGGCGCCCGCGUCUCCUGCGGACAUUGCAGCAACACCUUCCUGUGGACAGAGUUCACAGACCGGACGCUUGCCAGAUGCCCGCACUGCAGGAAAGUCUCCUCCAUUGGUCAGCGGUAUCCCAGGAGGAGGAGCUUGUGGUGUUUUCUGCUCUGCUUGCUGUUCUGCAUCUCCACUGCUGGCCUAAUUGCUGGCACGUGGCUGAAAGCUGAGACCUACCCUGGCAUUUACGCCUCGUGGGCCGUUCUUCUGCUUCUGGUGUUGGUGACCCUGGCCCGGGCCUUCUACUGGGCCUGCAUGCGGGUCAGCCAGCCUCUCCAGAGCUUCACAUAAAGCCCCCGCCCUCAAAUCCCCCCCUCCCCUACUUUCCUCCAAACAUUUCUCCGAGUGGCCAGGCCGGAGGAUGAGUGGCUUUAAAAACAAGAAGAUAAGAAAUAUUUAUUUCACUAUUCUGGUCGUGUGGCUACUUCUGUAUUCAUUUUAUUCCAUCUCCCUGCUCUCUGUCACCUUUGUUAUUGCCGCGCCUUGAAUGGAGCGUUUAACAUUUUUUAAAGCAGCGACAUUCACGCUGCCGCUGUCUUUGUGAAUCAAAAGGAUGAAGGAGGCGUUUGAAAUGUUUCGACGCGUGUGAAGGUAGACCACCGCCUGCGAAUAUUCCCCAUCGCCUGGGGAGCGACUUUGAUCCUGAAAAAUCAACGCUAAUGGAAGGAAUUUUGAGCAUCAACAAAACAUUUGAAUGACAACAAAUUCCGGAUGGCGACGGCCAAAUGGUCUUUGAAGCUAGCUAACAAUUUUCACAGGAAAAAGUGCUGCUCACUGUUCUCAACAGCUUUGUUUACCAUUACUAGCAUAACUGUUACGCAUAUACAGCAAAAAUGUUUUUCGGAAAUAUUUUGUAUAAUUUACUGUAAUAAUGCAUUGCUUUCUGAAGCCUAGAACAAAACGUUAAAAUCCCUGCUUUCUGUGAACGCACUACCAGGGGGACGUUACUUUUUUAUUUUUAUUUUAUUUAAUUUUUUUGCUGCAAGUGACAGGCUUCCCGAUUGGUCGCUCAUGAAGGUUGGAAGGAGCUUUGUUGAAAAGGACAAAAAGGCUGCGUUUUUACUGGAGAAUUGUAAAAGACUUCACCAUAAUUGCAAUGUCGCUUUUAAUUCUUUUCCAAAAAGCACCUGAAAUAAGAUUAGCUUCUACUUUGAUCUUAAUUAUUUUGGGAAAUUGUGAAGGAUGUAUCGCCAUGGUAACCACGAUCAAGUCCAAAACUUUUACGAAAGACCCCUUGUUAGUUAAAUCGUAAAAACUUCACCAUAAUCACUCUUACUUUCGGGAGGCUAGCUUCGGCUUUGUCUUAUUUCGAGAAAUUGUGAUGGCUGUAUCGCCAUGGGAACCAUGAUCAAAACGAGACAACUCAACUCCUUUACGUUUUUACGAAAACACCCCUCUGACGUUUAAUCGUCUGAACCUCACAGUCGUGAUGUAACUUGAUGUUUAGCAAGGCUAGUUUCCUCUUUGACCACUUUUGUGAAAUCAUUAAGGAUGCAUCACCAUGGUUACUAAAAUCAAAACGCGAGAUGAGUUAGUUCCAUUUUGUUUACGAAAAACACUUCAGAUGUUAAAUCAUAAAAAUUUAACCAUAAUGUCAAUGUCUUUGAGUUAAUCACGGUACUGUUAAACUUUCAUAAAAACAACGUAAGGGAAACUGCAUUAGCGACGACGCUACCUUCCGCUUUGAUACAACUUAUUCCGUGUGGAGAAAACUGCAUCGCCAUGGUAACCACGAUCAAAACAAGAGAUUCAUUAGUUCCAUUGCUGUUACGAUGGUGCUUGAUGCUUAGUGAGGCUAGUUUCCUUUUUGACCAGGCUUAUUUUGUGAAAUUGUUAAUGAUCACGGGAGACAAGUCGGUUCCGUUGUGAAUGCUUACGAAAAAACCCUCAGACGUUAAAUCGUAAAAACUUGGCCAUAAUCACAAAUGUAAUUUUUAUCAAGGUUCCCUUAAGCGUUCUUAAAAAUGAGGUAAAAGAAACCCGUUAGCGAGGCUAGCUUCCACUUCAAUGUAACUUGUUUAGUGUCGAGAAGGAUGUAUCGCCAUUGGUAAUUGCGAUCAAAACUAGAGAAAAGUCAGUUUCACUGCCAACUCUUACGAAAAGACUCCUGGGACAUUCCAUUUUAAAACUUGACUGUAAUCACGAUAUUGCUACGUGCAUAACUCAAUUCUCUUAAGUUGGCAACAUUGAGCUAGCUUCCGACUUGAUCAAACUUCUUUUGUUAAAGUUGUCAAGGGUGUAUCGCCAUUGUAACUGCAAUCAAGACAAGAGACAAGCCCCUCAGACAUCGUAAAAGUUUCGUCAUAAUCCCAAGGUCGCUACACAUUUAGCUCUGAUCGUUUAAAUCUGGUGACGCUAACCUACUUUUUCGCAAAUUCUCAAAUGCUUUGAUGAUGAUAGCUUUUAUUUUGUAAAUAAUCUUUGUUUUUUUCCAGUAUGACAGGAAGUGUUCAGAAUGGAGGGGUGUGGGUGGGGAAACACUAAAAUUGUGAUUGUUUUUACUUCUGUUGCGUAUUUAAUUUUUUUUGAUGAGCCACUAACCUGAUGAGCCUGAAAGACACACAGACACACAACUAUUCACAUGCCACAUGUACAUGCACACACACACACACACACACGAGUCCUUACACGGCAACAGUUAUUUUUUACACUGUUAAAUUUUGCGCUAAAUUCUCAAUGAUCAUGGUAGGGAGAAAAAGCCUGAAUGUUUUAUUGUUUUUCAAUCAUUUUUUUUUUUUUUUUUUUUUUUUUUUUUUUUUAAAUCUGUUCUCAAAUCAGUGCAGUAAUUUUGAUGGUGUUUUAAUAAACCAGUCAAUUGUGUGCAGCCUGUCUGGGGACCAGUUUGUGAUUUACGGCCCAUGUGAACGGAGAGGCCGCCAAAUAAAA